GAAAAUGUUCAGUCGUUCCCGAUGACCCGUAGAGUUCGGUAAAGAGUCAAUUGCACUCUUCGCAUUCGGUAAUAGUUAAUUUAUUUAUUUUUAAUUUUAUUCUAACCAUACACGUCGAGUAGCGGCCUUCUAAGGAUGGCGAACUCCCUUCUUCUUCUUCUUCUUGGACUCUUUAUUUCUUCUGCCAGCUGCAAUUGGGAUUUUGCUGUAUUAACCACUAAAUUCUUGCACAUAAUCACCGGAGGCUCUAAAGGCAACGAGAUCAACAUAGGCCUGGAAGAAGCAUGGGCUCUCACCUACGACCCCAUCUACUCCUUCCACUACUUCGCAGCCGAUAGCCACUCAAAUGCAUCUAUUUUUCGGGUUCAGGUGUCCAGGGAAGGGACAUUUGGAAACAUUGAACCUCUAGUCAGAAAACAACCAGGAAGAAUUUAUGGGCUGGCUUAUGACUUUGAGUCAGACACAAUAUUUUGGACAUUGGGACAAAACAUUUACCACAGCCAGUUAAGUACCCAAGUCAACCUCACUGAUGGAAAAUUGGUGAGAAAGCAAAAGACUACCUCUGAUCUUGCCGAAGAGAAAAUUCUACAUGCCUUCCAAGGAGAUGAUUAUCCUUUGGCCAUUGCAGUUGAACCUUGCUCAAAAUACAUAUAUUGGUCCUACAGAUCCAGUAGAAUUGAUAGGUCUCGUAUGGAUGGUACAUUAAUGGAAACAGUCAUUAAUGGGCUUAACAUUCCGAUCGCAAUCACCAUCGUCCAAUCUGAAAGAAAAAUAUAUUGGGUUGAUGAAGGUCCAGGACUAGUUAUGAAGAUUGGGCGAGCAGGACUAGAUGGAAGCUUAGUUGAAACAGUGAUGAAAUCUAUGGAUCUUCAACCAACAUCUCUUGUUGUCAAAACAUCAUCCUCUGCUCAGGACAGUAACUCUAUUUACUGGACUGACAAUCUCAAGAGGCAGCUGUUAAAGUAUGAUUUAGACCACCAAACUGCAGACGUGAUCCACAAUUACACAACAGAGGGGGAACUUGUGGGCUUAGCCUCUGCCGAUGCGUUUGCUUACCUUGACCAACAUGUCUGUGCUCAUCUAAUAAAGAAGAAAUCUGAGAUUCCAUUUGAAGUUAUUCAUCCUUCACAACUGCCUUGUGUCCAAGGAACUUACUCUUCCAGUGAAGAUAGCUGCAUCUGCACACCUGGUUAUAUUGGAACCUUGUGUGAAACUUCAAUCUGCUAUAACUAUUGCGUUCAGGGCGAAUGUGCGAUGUACAACGGUAAGCCAAUCUGCAAGUGCCCUGUUGGAAGAAGUGGCAAGAGGUGCGAAGUGGACGAGUGCAUUGGCUAUUGCUACAAUGGGAAGUGCAGCUUGGAGGAGGGAAGAGGGAAGCAGUGCACUUGCGAUCCUGGUUGGUCAGGGGAGAGGUGCGACUUGUCUGAGGAGUUCUGUACAUAUGUUUGUCACAAGGGGCUCUGGUCUAAGUUCAAUUGCAGCUGUGAUGAGAUCAAAGCUGCCGCACUUACAGAAUCUGAUGACACUUAUCAGUGGAAGGUCGGAGUGUUUUCCCUUGCUGGUGUGGUUGGCAUUCUCGUAGUUGUGAUUUUAGCUUUAGCCGUACGCACGUUCACAUUAGGCCGGAGGCCAAGGCUGAGGAGGACAUACAAGGUGACCCAUCCCAGGAGCAACAAGCCACAACCAGCCAAGACAAGUCCUGAUUGCGCUAUAGCGAUAGAGAACUGUUGCAAUAUGAAUAUUUGUGAAACUCCUUGUUAUGAACCUGAGUUGAGACUCUCUUCUGGCAAAAGCAAGAAGGAAGAGAAAAAAGGGUUGCUUGGUGAGAUGGAAGUGCAGCCUGACUUGGAGAACAUCUAGCACCACAAAAAUGAAGCUAGUAAUUUGUUACCUUCUUCGUGGCCUUCCCAUCGCAUCUUCCACUUGGAGAGCUGGCGCCUGUGCAUAGAGCGAAAGCGACUUUGGUCGUAGGCUAGUCCCAUGGUUCUCUUUCCCGGAUACUUAAAGCUAUUUUUUUAAUGAAAUAAUUUAUUCCCACGGGUUGCUUCAAUAAAUUUCUUUCUUCUGAGCUACAAAUAUGUUAUUUGUAAUUUCAUAAGUCUUUGAUAUGAUUUUUCUAUCAAACCUCUUUUAAAAACUACAUUCCUUGAUUAAAUAAUACUUUAGACAAGCUGAAAAAAUUGUAAUAUUGUUAAUCAGAGCCAUGGUGACUAAUGUUGUUUUGAAAGUUGAGAUUGAAUUGUUUUUGAUUUUUUUUGUUUUUAAAUAAAGCUAUUUCUAUUAUAUAGGAAUGAUAACUUUUUACAAUUAUUUAUUAUAAAAACAAUUUAAUCUCUACUACUUUUUUCUUUCUUAAUUUUUUGAAACAACGUUGAAAAGUAUGAUGUGAGAACCAAAGACUGUCACAUGACAUGGGCGAAGCACGGGAAGGCAUGUAGUGGCUGUUAGUUAAUAAAAAAUGUUAAAUAAAAUUUUUAAAAUGUCACAUAUAAGAAAAAAAAAUCGAAAAAAAAAACAUUGUUACAUAUAUAGGUAUAGUUCCUUCUAUAUAUAUUAAUGUAUAUGGAAAUGUUAUUUUUUAUAGAUAUUUGAUGGCUGUGCGCGCGAAAAUGCACUUUGCAUCAGAAACCUUGUUCGAAAAUCUUUUCGAGGAUAAGACUGUUUUUUAAAAUUUUAAACUAAAAGUUUUGUGCUUAGUUGUCAAUUAGCCUUCCAGUUUUCCGUAUUAUUUUAUUUUUUUCAUUUGUUUUAAGAAUUUGUUAUUUUCUAAUAAUAAAACUAGACAUGGGCAAAAAAAUUUGUAUUCAUAUAGCAGAUUCAAUUAUAAUAGUUAAAUUUUUUUUUCUUUACAGUAUUUCAAAUGUAAGAAUACAUUAAAUUAAAAAAUGUAUCAAUUUGUUAGGUUUUCAUUAUUUAUUGUUUAUUAAUGAAUGUUUAAAAAAAUUAAAAUUAUUGAUAAAAAAAAUGUAAAUUAUUAAAUAAUAAUUCAUUAUUCAAAUAAAAUAAAUAGGCACGCUCUAUUAAAAAAAGGCAACUAACUUAUUUUACAAUUUUAAGUUUAACCACUUUUUACGUUCUUAAAUUAUCCAGCUAAUUAUAAACUGUUUUAGUCAUAAAUAUACAGAUGUCUUAUAAACAGAUAAAUAUUUCAUAUAUCUUGCAUUUCUGACGCCUGUUGUGUUCAUCUGUAUUUCCUUUCACCAUUUAUUGUUUUUCUUCAAAACAUAAAAAUUGUAGAUGCAAAAUGUGCUAAAGCAGUUUUUACUGCUCUUUUUAAGUUGUAAUUUUUGUAUUGUUUUGAAAUAUUUAUUUUUCAUUAUGUUUUAUUUAUAUUUAUGUAUAUAUAUUUUGUUACUAGUUACUUAAAAGCUCUUUGUUUUCAAAGUGCUACUUAUUUUUUAGUAUUAAAUAAAAUAUUUUUAUACUUAUAAUUAUUUCAGUUCAACAGUAAAAUUGUUCAGUUUGUUUUUUAGAAAAUUUAUUCAAAACAUUUAGUUUAAAAUGUAACGAACAUAUUAACGGUUAUAGGUAGUUAGAAAAAUAAGUCCAAAGAGUAUGUGUAAAUUUCUAGUUUUUAUGAAAUGGAAUAUCAGUGUAUUCAUACUGAAAAAAAAAAAUAAUAAAAAAAAGAGAAUACACUCAUUAAAAUGUUUACUAAAUAUUGUGUUGUGCUGUGAGAGUUUAUUUAAUUUAAAUAUCAGGUUUUGUCCUGAUCUUUACGUGUUUCAUUAUUUUUACUUUUAUCUUAGACAACUCGUGAAGAGUUAAGAUUUAAAUUUUAAAUUGUAUAGUUUAACUUUAUACACUAUUUAUUUUUAUAAAUUUUCUUUGAUUCAGAACAACAGAUUACAAGCUGGGCUUUGUGCUUAUGGAAAAAAUAAAAUAAAAAGUCCUAUAUUGUUACUUAAAUUAUUGAAUUUCUUAAAUUUUUUGUACUUAGAAAAUAGAUUACCUUUUUUUAAAACCAGAUUUGUCAUUUAAGAUCAAAUAAUAAAAGACAUUUAAAAUUAAUCUUAAUGACUGUACAUGAAUAUGUUAAUUUUGUAAUUAGAUGAGCUCUUAAUGAUACAUGUGUGGUAUAUACCGAUUUAACUUUAAUUUAAAUUUUUUUAUGUUACAAUUUGUGAUUUUUUGAUUCGAUUACGAAUUGAUGUCAGCCAACAUUAUACUUGACUAUUGUGUUUGGAUUAAGUUAAUUAAUACAGAACACGCCUUCAGCUGAUAUAAGAAAACAAUUUAAGUAUGUACAUUGCAAACAAACUUUUAACUUUCAUGGCCUAACUAAUAGAGGUUUAAAUAUCAUAAAAAAUAUUUAAGGCCUUAAAAAGUGUCAAGUAUUAUUUGUUAUAUGUAAGCCUGUUAAUCAAGAUGGAGGUGUUUAGUGUUCCUUUUUAGUUACUUCCAACUAGCUCCAACUUGUUACCAUUACCAGCAUUUAAUAAUAAAUUUGUCCUAUUAUAAAUUUCUUAAAAAAAAAAAAAAAAAAUUGUUUGGUUACCAUGGGAAAGACAAAUCCAUUGUUAUAGUCAGUGUGUUCUCCAAUUAUGUUAACCCUUCCAGGAGCACAGCCAGCGUGUGAUGGAUAAUCAUUAAAUUGCUUUUUGAAUUGUAUGCAAGCAUUUCUUAUCAAUUCUUCCUUUGUUAGUUGUUUUUGUGCCAUGUCUCUGUCACAGACUUCCCCAACACUGCACUAAAAAAUAUUUUUUUUUUCAAAAUUGAUUUUUUCAGUGAGCAAAUUAAGUCUAAUAAAAAUUAAAUAAGUAAACCAG